AUGAGACGCUUCCAAACCAGCUUGCUUCUGCUCUGCGUGGUGGCCGCCACCGCCAUCCCCAUCGUGCCCUGGAAGGUCAAAUGCCCGCUGCAGUGUGUCUGCCAGAUCAGGCCAUGGUACACCCCCCGCUCGGUGUACCGGGAGGCUGCCACGGUGGACUGCAAUGACUUGUUCAUCUCUGCCGUGCCAGAAGACCUGCCGGAGGGGACCCAGACCCUGCUCUUGCAAAGCAACAAUAUCGCCAGGCUUGAGCAGAGUGAGCUGGACUAUCUCAGAAACCUCUCGGAGCUGGACCUGUCGCAGAACAGCUUCUCCGAUGUCUGGGACUUUGGCCUGAAGAGCAUGCCCCAGCUGCUCAGCCUGCACCUGGAGGAGAACCAGCUGGCUGAGCUGCCCGAUGGCAGCUUUCCUGGGCUGGGCAACCUGCAGGAGCUCUACCUGAACCACAACCAGCUCCGCAGGAUUGCUCCCCACGCCUUCUCCGGCCUCGGUAGCCUGCUGCGCCUCCAUCUCAACUCCAACCUGCUGAGGACGGUUGACAGCCGCUGGUUCCAGAUGCUCCCCAGCCUGGAGAUCCUCAUGAUUGGAGGCAACAGGGUGGAUGCAAUCUUGGAUAUGAAUUUCAGGCCUCUGUCAAACCUGCGAAGUUUGGUUUUGGCUGGGAUGAAUUUGAGGGAGAUCUCGGACUAUGCGCUGGAAGGGCUGCGGAGCCUGGAGAGCCUCUCUUUCUAUGACAACAAGCUCAUGAAUGUCCCCAAGCGGGCACUGCAGCAAGUUCCUGGCCUCAAGUUCCUGGAUCUGAACAAAAAUCCAUUGCAGAGGGUCAAGCAAAGCGACUUCACCAACAUGCUGCACCUCAAAGAGCUGGGGCUCAACAACAUGGAGGAGCUGGUGUCCAUAGACCAGUUUGCCUUGAUCAACCUCCCCGAGCUGACCAAGCUAGACGUGACCAACAACCCCAAGCUGUCCUUUAUCCACCCCAACGCAUUCCACCACCUUCCCCAACUGGAAACCCUCAUGCUCAACAACAACGCCCUAAGUGCCUUGCAUAAGCAGACGGUUGAGUCCCUGCCCAACCUGCAGGAGAUCAGCAUCCACAGCAACCCCAUCCGCUGCGACUGCGUCAUCCGCUGGGUCAACAGCACGGAAAACCACAUCCGCUUCAUUGAACCCCAGUCCACGCUGUGUGCCGAGCCCCCCGACCUCAAGAGGAGGCACAUUCGGGAUGUCCCCUUCCGGGAGAUGACGGACCGGUGCCUGCCCCUCAUCUCUACCAAGAGCUUCCCCUCCCACUUAGAGCUGUCAGAUGGUGACAGUGUCUCCUUGCAUUGCCGAGCUCUGGCAGAGCCAGACCCGGAGAUCUACUGGGUCACCCCUUCGGGGAGGAAGCUGAUCCCCUACGUGGAAGACGGGCGGUACAAGGUGCACCCUGAAGGGACGCUGGAGAUUCAUGGGAUCUCAGCUCGGGAGGCUGGGCUGUACACCUGCGUGGCUCACAACCUCCUCGGGGCAGACACCAAGAGCAUCAGCAUGAUGGUCAACCACUCCUUCCCGCUCAGCGAGGACAGCCUGGAGCUGGUGGUGGCAGAGGUCCAGGCCUACCACAUCCUGGUUGCCUGGAAGCCGCAUCUCAACACCAUCUCCUCCAACCUCACCUGGUCCAGCUUCUUGCUUAGCUCCAACUUGGACAUGACUAACGUGGCCCGGAUCCCCAUGGGGACCCACACAUACAACAUCACCCGGCUCCACCAGGACACGGAGUACUGGGCUUGCCUCCACGUGGCCUUUGUAGACUUGCAGGCCAAGGUGGCUUGCGUGAACGCCAGGACUAAAGAGGCUGCCCACCGCUACUGGCUCCUGGAGGGCAGGCAGAGCCUCCUGACAGUGCUGGUCCUCUGUCUCCUGCUCCUUGCUGCAAGCCUUGUAGCUCGCUACGGUGUCAGGGCAGAGCCCAGGAGGGCUGGGGAGUUGCUCCAAGGUGCCACAGCUGUGCGCGUGGUCUAUCCCCCCCUCGCCCAGCCCUGGGCUCGGGGGCAGCGUGGGGGGCAGCUCCUGGCUGUGGAGGUGCAAGCAGCCCCCCUGGACUGCUGA